AUCAAAUGAAACAAAUGAAGAGUUAGCUCCUGGUAAUGAUAUCCAGAGAGUUCGACAGUUUGGGCGCAGCGUUGAUGCUAUAAUCCACUCCUUCCACUUUUCACUCCCUUUCAUUCCUCAAAUCAAGCUCUAGGGUUUUUGGCUGAAGCCUUCCACAUUGAAACAAAAUGCCUCGGUACUACUGUGACUACUGCGAUACCUAUUUGACCCACGAUUCUCCAUCUGUUAGAAAGCAGCAUAAUGCAGGUUACAAACACAAGGCUAAUGUGAGGUCCUACUACCAGCAAUUUGAAGAACAACAAACCCAAAGUUUAAUUGAUCAAAGGAUCAAAGAACAUCUCGGGCAAACUGCAGCGUUUCAGCAGGUUGGUGUGGCUUAUAAUCAUAUGAUGGUUCAGAGGCCUACCCUUCCGCCUGUAUUGCCACCACCAAGAUUGCCUAUUCCUGGUAAUGCACAAGUACCUGGAAGUCAACCACUAAUGCCAGGGAUCAGACCUGUCCUGCCUAGACCUGUUCCUGGAUAUGUUUCUGCGCCUACCAUGCCUCCAAUGGUACCUCCACCUGGUGCUCCCCAGAUACCAGGUCAGUUAAAUACCAUACCAAGGCCACCUUCAUUAGCUCCCCCUCCAACAGUUCCAGGAAGUGCUGCUGCACCAGCUUCUAAUGGUGCUCCCUCUAUGGUAUCAUCAGCAAUGUAUCAAGCCAAUCCACCUGCACCAUCAUCUGGAGCUUAUGAUAAUUACAAUGCCAAUGCUCAAGCACCUGAGGGCAAUCACUGAUCUGAUCGAACUGUUCUCUCUGAACAGUCCUACCUCUGUCGGACCACAACUAUCUGUGCUCUCCCUGCUUGCUGUGACUCUUCAUUUUCCGUUUGUAGUCAUAUUUGGAGCUAUCUUAAACUCGAUUAUUGUAUGUAGCAUGUCAAGCAGCUUGAAUGCGGCAAAAAGUUUUUUGAGUUACAUUUUUUGUCUUGGAUGAAGAUUUAUAUUGAAGUGCUAAUUGGUUAAAGUUUUAUGACAUGAGUUGUUGAUAGUUUCUAUUCAGCAACUAAUUUAUUUUAAUAUGAAAUUUAUCAGUAUAAGCGUAGUUGUACUGCAAGAUUGAGAAAGAAUUCAUAUGAAGUGUUAUUGGCUCUGAAAUUAGUAAAAGAAUUCCAUGUUG